AUGGAUUCUCUGGAAUGUACUAAAAUUGGCAGAUUCAAUAUUAGACAAGUUGGCAUAAAUUCCAUGAUCAGUCACCAUGAAAACUGGACUUCUGAUGUGUUUGUAGAAUCAAAUGAGCAGCCAACUCAUGAUGUGCACUACAGCGAGGUCAUGAAGCCAAAAGAGGAAGAUGCUCAGAAUACCUGGGUACAUAUCCACGCCAUUGUAACUGAAAUUAAGGAAAAUGUCAGUGAUGCAUCAAACAGCUGUAUUAACCAAGCCAGUGCUCCAAAUAGCAAUAUUCGACGAACAGUAUCAUCAAGGUCUGAAAGCCUGGAUUCCACACAGAGUUCAUCAGCAAGUGAUGAAUUAUCUUCAGGUUAUAUCUCACCCAAUGAUAAUUUAGAAACUCAAGAAACAAAAGUGGAAGAAGCUUUGGAUAAACUUAAUCAGUCUAUUGGGGCUUUUGAUGAAGGACUUCAGAUGGUUACCUGCUCAAACCAAAGCCCUGAAGUAGCUGGAAAAUCCAGAGAAAGAGGAAAUUCCUUGACUGCUGGCAUCUGCUUAAAUCCUACAACACUACCAUUUUGCAAGAACCUGAUAGCAAAGAGACAGCUGGCCUACAACACUCUAGAUGCCACUCCCAGACAUGACUUUUACGUCAACUCUGUGGCUCCUGGGAGACUAAAACGAAGCCGUCCAUCCCUAGAUAUUCUUCGUAAUGCCAUAACAGAUGAACAACAAAUGGUUCCGGUAUCCUUGGACCAAGAUGUAGAGUCAAGUAAGAAAGAGGAACCUGAGUCAAACAAAAACGUAGAGGAGAAUAAUGAGAAGAAUAAGAAAAGUAAAAAGGGAAAGAAAAAGCCAGAUGGAGAACCAGUCCGAUUUGGUUGGGUCAAAGGUGUUAUGAUCCGCUGCAUGUUGAAUAUCUGGGGAGUCAUUUUAUACCUGCGGUUGCCAUGGAUCACGGCACAGGCUGGAAUAGGUCUCACCUGGCUGAUCAUUCUAAUGUCCGUUUUAGUGACAUCUAUCACUGGUUUAUCAAUAUCUGCGAUCUCCACCAAUGGCAAAGUCAAGUCAGGUGGGACGUAUUUUCUCAUUUCUCGCAGUUUGGGCCCAGAGUUAGGAGGCUCCAUUGGGCUCAUAUUUGCUUUUGCCAAUGCUGUUGCAGUUGCCAUGCAUACAGUGGGCUUUGCAGAAACUGUUCGGGACCUUCUCAUAGAAUAUAAUGCAGUAAUAGUUGACCCAGUCAAUGACAUCAGGAUCAUUGGAGUCAUAACAGUUGUAGUUCUUCUUGCAAUCUCAUUAGCUGGUAUGGAGUGGGAAGCUAAGGCUCAGGUCGUCUUCUUUUUUGUGAUCAUGGUUUCCUUUGCAAGUUACUUUGUGGGGACCCUCAUACCUGCUAGUGAAGAGAAACAGUCCAAGGGUUUUUUCAGUUACAGCGGUUCCAUCUUCUUGGAAAAUAUUGUACCUAACUGGCGGGGAGAGACCGGAUCUUAUUUUGGGAUGUUCUCAAUUUUUUUCCCAUCUGCUACUGGUAUUCUGGCUGGAGCCAACAUCUCUGGAGAUUUGAAGGAUCCAGCUGUGGCAAUACCCAAGGGGACCCUUAUGGCAAUAUUUUGGACCACUCUGUCAUACUUGGCCAUUUCUGCUACCAUAGGUUCCUGUGUUGUUCGUGAUGCCUCGGGCAAUCUGAAUGAUACAAUUCCUAUGAAUGAGACUACUGAUUGUGAAGGGCUGAGCUGCCAGUAUGGCUGGAACUUCACUUCUUGUCAGGAAACACAAACAUGUUAUUAUGGAUUAUCCAACCACUAUCAGGCAAUGAGCAUGGUGUCUGCCUUUAGCCCUCUCAUCACAGCUGGUAUAUUUGCUGCAACUCUCUCCUCUGCUUUGGCGUGUCUUGUCUCUGCUCCCAAAGUCUUCCAGUGCCUCUGCCAAGACAAGCUUUACCCUUUCAUUGGAUUCUUUGCGAAGGGUUAUGGAAAGAACAAGGAGCCAAUCCGUGGAUACAUUCUUGCGUUUGUCAUCUCCAUUGCAUUCAUUCUUAUUGCUGAGUUGAACACAAUAGCUCCCAUAAUCUCCAACUUCUUCCUGUGUUCUUAUGCUCUCAUCAACUUCAGUUGCUUCCACGCAUCCAUCACCAACUCACCAGGCUGGCGACCAACAUUCCGUUAUUACAGCAAAUGGACCUCCCUAUUUGGGGCUGUGGUGUCUAUCGUCAUCAUGUUCCUCCUCACAUGGUGGGCCGCCAUCAUUGCUGUAGGCAUUAUUGUCAUCCUGCUGGGUUACACUUCCUACAAAAAGCCUGAAGUAAACUGGGGCUCAUCUGUUCAGGCUGGAGCUUAUAACAUGGCACUCACUUACAGUGUGAGUUUGACUGGAGUUCAAGAACAUGUAAAAAACUACAGGCCUCAGUGUUUGGCCCUUACUGGACCCCCAAAUCUGCGUCCUGCAUUGGUGGACUUUGUCAGCUCAAUUACCAAGAACACCAGCCUGAUGAUUUGUGGUAAUGUGGUUACUGAUAGUGACAAAGUUUCUGACUCAGACGGACACCUGCGAUGGUUAAACACCAGAAAAAUAAGGUCAUUCUACAGUGUGAUCUGUGACAGCGACAUAAGAGCUGGAGCCAGAAGUCUCAUGCAGGUCUCAGGUCUAGGCCGACUGAAGCCAAACACACUGGUCUUGGGAUAUAAAAGCAACUGGCAGAAGGACCCUGGCCAAAGUUUGGAAGAAUAUGUGGGAAUCAUAAAUGAUGCAUUUGACUGUCAAAUGGGGGUGUGUGUAUUACGGAUAAAUGGUGGACUUGAUUUGGCACAGAAGGUGCAAGGCCAAGUUAAUUUGGCAUUUCAAGACUCAGACAAUGAAGCUAUAUCUGAUAAAGAGACAGAGAAAGAACCCCCCUGCCCAUUACCAAAGGUUAAGUGCCAAACCAACACUGAAUUCCAAAGCCGUCAAGGCAAGAAGAGUAUCCAUAUCUAUUGGCUGUGUGAUGAUGGAGGUUUAACUCUUCUUAUCCCAUACCUGCUGAUGCGUAGGAAGCGAUGGAGUCAAUGCAAAGUUCGAGUUUAUAUCAAAGCAAAUCCAGAAAAUGCAGAGAUGGAAAGGAAAGAAAUGCUAAAUCUUCUGGAAAAGUUUAGACUGGGUUUUCAUGACGUUGUUGUGCUCACUGAUACUGACCUGAAACCUGAGCCUAAAAACAUGAAGUUGUUUGAAGAUCUAAUUGCACCAUAUUGUGUCAAUGAGGGGCAGUGGGAAGAAAGAGAUAAAGUGAUUCCACCCUGGUCUGUCAGUGACAAUGACUUGUUUAAUCACAUGAUUAAGUCUGAGCGUUAUGUGCGGCUGAAUGAAAUCCUACAAGACAAUUCACAGGAUGCUGCCCUUAUUGUAAUAAAUCUUCCCAUCGCCACCAAAGCUGCCUGCCCCAGCUCAUUGUAUAUGGCCUGGCUUGAAAGCAUGUCACGUGACCUCAACCCACCAAUUGUUUUUAUCCGUGGCAACCAGCAAGACACACUCACUAUAUACUGCCAGUGA